AUGGGUCAGCUAGGACUCAGACGACAGUUCUUUGUACCAGUGUUUAAGGGUGAACCACUAGACGACAGGUUCUUUGUACCAGUGUUUAAGGGUGAACCACUAGACGACAGGUUCUUUGUACCAGUGUUUAAGGGUGAACCACUAGACGACAGGUUCUUUGUACCAGUGUUUAAGGGUGAACCACUAGACGACAGGUUCUUUGUACCAGUGUUUAAGGGUGAACCACUAGACGACAGGUUCUUUGUACCAGUGUUUAAGGGUGAACCACUAGACGACAGGUUCUUUGUACCAGUGUUUAAGGGUGAACCACUAGACGACAGGUUCUUUGUACCAGUGUUUAAGGGUGAACCACUAGACGACAGGUUCUUUGUACCAGUGUUUAAGGGUGAACCACUAGACGACAGGUUCUUUGUACAUGGCUUUGAACACGCUAUCGAAGACCGGACCGAGAACAGCAAAGAUAGGUUGUACCUUUUGGAGAAAUUCACCAUGGGGCAACUCAAGUCGAAUCAAAUUUUAGCUCAACUGCUUUGUCUUACUAAAGUCGAGGGAGAGGUUGUUGUCCUGUCACCACACUGCCGGGUGUCUGACCUCCUCCCCAAGGCUUUCUCAUUGUCUUUGGUGAUCAGGCCUAACACCGUAUUGGAGUUCUGAGUGUCCAUGCAGUCA